UCAGUUGUAAAAAGUGCGCCACGCGCAACGGAUUAUCGAAAUUAUUUAUAGAAAAUUUGCAUUGUUGUAGAAGUUUUAUAACUAAAGUGCAAUAUUCAAAUAUGCGUAUCGUUUCCCAUUUAAUGUCGGUGCUUCUGGCUUUGUGCAUUGGGUUAAAUUUGAAUGCGGUAAAUGGCCAGUUUUGGAAACUGAAUAGCCCAAGUGAGCGAGACCUGUUCAUUUUGGAGACGAAAUCUUUGAUGCCAUCCGGGAUAUGCUAUAAAGAAGUGCUCAGCGAAGCCAACGAACCCACUUUAAAAAUGCAAACCAUCUCGUAUUGUUGCCCUGGUUAUCGACGUAACGCUCACUCCUCGUCGGUGCACUGUGAGCCGAUUUGCACGGAGGAUUGCUCCAAUGGGAUUUGUACGGCGCCAGAUGUGUGUGAAUGUUACCCCGGAUAUACGCGCGCCGGUGGACGCUGUGAGGAAUUGUAGACGUAGAGGCAUUGACUUUGAACAAUAAAAGAGGAAUUUUU